ACAAAUUGGGCAGGCAACUCGAUUUUCGGCAAACAAAAAGGCGAAGAAGAAGAGUGGAGCCAAGCGAAAAAAAAAUGGAGGAAGUAGCGGUAAAGAAGCGCGGCCGACCGCCAAAGGCAUCCAGCGGUGGCGGAUCUUCAUCAGCGGCGGCGGCGGCAGCCUCGCCGGGUCCCAAAAAACGCGGUCGUCCCGCCAAGAAUAAGGGCUCCAGUACGACCAGCGGUGGUGGUGGCCAGCGCGGUCGUCCCCCCAAGGCGUCAAAAAUCCAAAAUGACGAUGAUCCCGAGGACGAGGAGGAGGGCGACGGCUCCGGCGCUGAGCUUGCAAACAACUCAUCCCCCUCGCCGACGAAGGGCCGAGGACGUCCCAAGAGCAGUGGCGGCGCCGGAGCUGGCGAUGCAGUCAAGACGCCCGGUUCCGCCAAAAAACGCAAGGCCGGCAGGCCCAAGAAGCACCAGCCCAGCGAUAGCGAGGAUGAAGACGAGCAGGAUGAUGAUGACGACGGUAGCAGCAUCGAAGAACGUCGCCCGGUGGGUCGGCCGUCGGCUGGAUCCGUCAACCUGAACAUAUCGCGCACGGGACGCGGCCUGGGAAGGCCCAAGAAGCGGGCAGCCGAGUCCAAUGGCGAUGGGGAGCCACAAGUGCCCAAGAAACGCGGACGUCCGCCACAGAAUAAGUCGGGAAGUGGCGGCAAUAGUGGCUACGUGCCCACUGGUCGUCCACGCGGUCGUCCAAAGGCCACUGCUGCGCCCGUCGACAAGCACGACGAUAAUGACGAUGAUCAGGACGAUGAGAACUCCGCGGACGAGGUGCACAGCUCGCCGGAGAAGACAGUAGUGGCGCCGAAGAAGCGCGGACGUCCCACCCUUGGCGCCAGCAAGGUGCCCAAGGAGGGAACACCAAAGCCCCGCGGUCGCCCACCGAAAAACAUUGACGAAGCAGAUGCUGAUGCAGAUGAUGCUGAUUCCACCGACCAGGCCGAACAAAACUCAAAGAAGGAGGCGAACGACGAGGACGAUGCCGUGGAUGGGACACCAACCAAAGGAGAUGGCAUGAAAUGGAAUUCCGAUGGCGAAAAUGAUGCCAACGACGAAUAUGUUUCGGAUGCCUACAACGAUUCCGAAUCGGUAGCUGCCUAAAACAAACAAUUUAUAAACAUUUCCACACACACCCCCCGCUCCCUAAGAAUCAACACAAAAAAAAAGGAUGUUGCAAAAAAAAAAACGAAAACAUCUGCAAGUAAGAGACGAAACCUUAAGCACACAAGAUACAAAAAAUAAAAUACGGAUAGGACCUACUGGACUUUCGAGAACCUUACCCUCAUAAAAACUACACACUAUCUACAUACAUAUUCCGAUUUAUUGCUGAGAAAAUAAAAACAUCCGUUUACACUGCACUCCACUGUAAUGAUGUCGAGUAACUCGGAAAACGAUUUCAAAUUGGAUUGGAAUUUUCAAAUAAAUAACAUAUGUAUUAGA